AGUAAAGAUAAAAAAGUGUAACAUUAGGGCGUGAUGCUAACAGUAUACACUUCAGAUGAAGCCAAACCACACUACACUAGAGUGCAGCGCCAUCAUCUGCAUCCAAAAUCUAAACCACUGAACUGAACUCACAUUCCCGCGUUUUUGUUUAAACUCACCCUCUCUCUAACCUACUUCAAAACAAACAAAAAUCUCUCCCGAAAUCAUCUUCUUCACUUCACUCCACUCCCAUUCCUCUUCCAAAACUCAGUGAAAGAAUUUGCGGUUCCACCGAAGAGAGUGCUAAUUUAAUCGAAGAAGAAGAAAAUGUCGAAAUCAAAGUCAUUUCAAGGCGUAAACGUGUUCAUGUCGCGAAACCUAGUUCCGCCGGAAGUAUUCGACACGCUUCACGACGCCGUUAAAAAUAACGGCGCUCAAAUUCACCUUUGCUGCGAUCCUUCCCGUAAUGGCCCCAACGAUUAUCACAUUAUUUCUUGCAGUAAACACGAGAAAUUUGAAGAUCUUAAAUCCAAAGGCUGUAAAAUGCUAGGUCCUAGAUGUGUUCUUUUUUGUGCUAAAGAACGAAGGCCUCUUCCUAAACAAAGUUUCACCUGCUGCUUUACUAUGGAUGGUGUCAAAAUACUUGCCUCUGGCUUUGAUGCGGAUGAGAAGGUUAAAAUAGAAGAAUUAGUGACUGAAAUGGGGGGAGCUCUUCAGACUAAACCGUCCUCAGAUUUGAACUUUGUCAUCGUGAAAAAUGUUUUGGCUCUAAAGUACAAGUGGGCUUUGAAUAUCCUGAAGAAACCAAUAGUUACUUAUGAAUGGUUAAAGCAAUGCUCAGAUGAGCAUCGCGUUGUUCCUCAAGAGUCAUAUAAGGUUCUUCCUUUCUCGGGGUUAAAGAUCUGCGUGACUGGAAUCCCAGCAGAUAAGCGGAAAGAGAUGGAAACGCUUACUCUACAAAAUGGUGGAAAAUACUCUGCAGAAUUGACAAAGAAGUGCACACAUUUGAUUUCUGAUGCUCCCGAGGGUGAUAAGUAUAAGGUGGCAAAACGUUGGGGCCACAUUCAUAUUGUGACAAUGAAAUGGUUUGAUCAAUCUGUUGCUCGAAGAGCAUGUCUGAAUGAGGAGUCCUACCCUGUUCAGAAUGGAUCUUUAUCUUCACGUAAGGUGACUAGGGACUUAACAGUGAAACAUAGCCAGGAUAGGGAUAUUGGGAAAAUGCAAUCUGGAUCAUCCUCAAGAGCUGCAGAUUCAAAUAUGCUAGUUUCUGAUUGUGCUGAGUCUAUGGAUGUAGAUCUAGAAGCUACACAGUCAGAACAUAUGUCGUCUUUUUCAAAUGUUCCAUUAUUUGUUAAAGAGGCAGACGCUGAAGCACCUCCAUUGCAGACUAGCGAUGAAUUGAACUUGGACGGUGCUGUUGCCAAUGAUUCUGAAUCUGAUGACAAUGACCUAUACUUAGCAGAAUGUAGAAUAUUACUUGCUGGUUUUGAAGCUUCUGAAAUGCGGAAGCUAGUUAAUAUGGUGCGUAAAGGUGGAGGCUCCCGAUACAUGUAUUUUAAUGAUAAGUUGACACACAUAGUAAUUGGGAAUCCUACAGAAAUAGAAAAGAAGGAAGUAAGAAGUAUUGCUGCUCUUGGUGUUGUUUAUGUUGUUAAAACCUCAUGGCUUGAAGACUGUGACCGUGUAAAGAAACAAGUCCCUGUUCUUCGACGACACAUUGCAUGUGAUCUUUUUCUUCCAAAAGCCAACUCAGUAAAAGGAGCGGUUACUGGCAUUAUGCCUAUGGAUCAAAGUAAAAGCUCAAGCAUUCGCCAAAGCUUUCAAACUAAUCAGGUGGCGGGUAUUAAGGACUUUGGAGUUACGAUACCAGAGUCUUUGGAUAAAAACAAACAAGAGAAACACAGUACGGGUAUGAAUGUUGUCACAUUCGGUAAAGCAUCAGAUAGAACUAUGCCACAAACUCAACAUCCUGAUAAAAAAUUGAGGGUACAAAAGAGCACGCAACAUGACACCAAUGUACAUGUGAAGUCAAUAAAUGUUUUCAAAGGGAAAACAUUUUGUUUCUCAAAUUUAUUUCCUGAAGAAAGGAGAGCUGAGAUUGUUCAAUGGAUAAGUCAAGGGGGAGGAGAGCUAAUAAGUGGGCAAACAAAACAGAUUAUUCACUAUAUUAUUGAAUGCCACGGUGUAAAACCCAGGUCAAUAGGUGAUUAUGGAAGUACAUAUAUUUCCAGUCACUGGAUACGAUCUUGUUUGGAGAAUGGAUCCUUGCUGGAUGUGGACAGUCAUAUUAUUUAUUCUCCACUUCCCUGCCGUGUUCCCUUGCCUGGUUUUGAAAGCCUCCGGUUUUGUGUUUCACAAUAUGAGGAGAAAGACAGAAUUCUACUUUGGAACUUGUGUAAAGCUCUAGGAGCUACAUUUGCAGAUAAGUUGAGUAAGAAGGUCACCCAUUUGUUGUGUAAAUUCACCAAUGGGCCCAAGUACGAGGCUUCUUGUAAGUGGGGGAUCCGAUCAGUUACAUCUGAGUGGAUAUUUGAAUGUGUCAAACAGAAUGGAGUUAUUGCCAUUGAUCAAUUUUUGCCCAAAGAAGUCACUAGUCAAGACCGAGAGGCAGGAGUUUGCACAGUGAGUCAAUUUCCUACCCAAGCUGUUCGAAUGAUAAAUGACAUGCCGUCCCAGUUUCCAAGUCAAUCACAAAGUUUGAGAAGCACGACAAAUAAAAAUGUAAAUACGGGAGUUGACAAUCAUAGGACUCGUUCUAAAACAUCAAGCGUUAAUAGCAAAAAGGCAAGGCUCGUGGAAGAACCUGACCAGUAUAAUAGGGUGCCUUCUGCAGUAAAUUCAGGCAGUCAUGUCUCUGACUUGAAUUUUUCUGAAGACAAUAAGCUCAAAGAUGCUCGGGAGGUAACCCAUGCUGGUCCUGAUGUUGCUACUGCUAUAGAGGACUUGUUAGAGCAGACAAGCAAGAUGCAUGAUCAGAGGUCCCCAGGGAAUACAGGGUGCGAGAGAAGUAUUUACUCAUCUGAUUGUUCAGCCAUUGGCCAAGACAAUCCAAAUCCUCACACUGUCUAUGGAUUAUCAAAUCACUGGUUAAACAGAAAUGGAAGAAACGGAGAUAAUGGUGAGACUCCUCAAGACCGAAAAGCUGGAAUGUAUGAUGGUUUUAGUGAAACACAAACAGAAUCUCAGGUUGUUAGUUAUGAAGAAGACUUGUCUGGAAGGCAAAUGCUUAUAGAUAGAGUUCUAACUCGAAGUAGCAUGCAGUGAAAUACAACCCUCCUUGAAGGAAAAUUUCAGUAGAGCAGCUUCCUUAUUUGAUGGUCUGAUGGUAAUAUUUGACCAUACAAGCCAAUGCACAAGAAUGUGUUUUGUAUUUCAGUAUCAGCAUAUGUUAAAAAUAAACUCAACCUUUGCCAGCUAAUGGAGGAAACUUAAGUAGCAGGGUUUUUGAAUUGAUUCUCUGUAUCUUGCUAAUGGAAAUAAGACUCAGCCAAGUAAAAAAGAAAGUGGCCAUGUAAUCACGACUUCUUCGUUCAGUUUUACCAGACUGUCAAGUAAAUUGCAGAGUAGCUCUCUUUAUUGUUAUUUUAGUGGAAUGGGUGUGGAAGAAAGGGGGGAUUUCCAUUUGCUAAAGUUGUUUUAAGGAGCAAAUUCUGUUGGCAUGCUUUCUGAUUGGAUAAGCAGGAUGCUUAUCGAAAAUCACAUGGCAUUUGGGCUGUCCAUUCAAUGGCUUCUCAGCAAGAGUCAGUGUUCUGAACUAUCUAAUGCUUUAGUGUGUAUCUAAAAGCCAAGCAAUAGUUGUGUUCCAGAGAGGAUGUUCAUAUUGUUAGUAUUAGAUUUAAUUAUUAGAUUUAAUUCAUAUUUAAGUUUGUUAUAUAUUAGAUUUAAAUAUUAGAUUUGAUUCAUAUUUAAGUUUGUUAGAUAUUAGAUUUAAAUAUUAGAUUUGAUUCAUAUUUAAGUUUGUUAGAGGCUUAUAAAUAGGGUGUCAAUCAUUGUAACUUUUAAUCCUUAUUGUAGCCGUCAUUCUCUUAAUAGAAUAUUUCCAUUCUUUCUUUA